CCCUCUUACAAAGGCAGCACAUUUCCGAAAUGGCAACAACAAACUCAUGAAUACCCACGUGCUUCAUUCCGCCGCCGUUCACGCGCGUGCACGAGGUCCGUUACUCCGUUUCCUGUUCAAGAUGGCAGCCACCAUGAAGAAAGGAGUGGCAGCUGAAGAUGUCAAUGUAACAUUUGAGGACCAGCAAAAGAUCAACAAGUUUGCCAGGAACACAAAUCGGAUGUCUGAACUUAAAGAUGAAAUCGAGGCCAAAAAGAAAUCCUUACAGAAUCUCGAGGAUGCCAGUGAUGACCUCAUGAUGUGUGAGGACGAUGCAAUGCUGAUCCCGUAUCAGAUCGGAGAUGUGUUCAUCAGUCACUCGCAGGAAGAGACGCAGGAAAUGCUGGAGGCAGCGAAGGAAGCUCUGCAGGAUGAGAUCAAAGCUCUGGAGGGUCGUGUGUCGUCCAUACAGGAGCUCCUUGGAGAUUUGAAGGUUCAGUUAUAUGCCAAGUUUGGAAACCACAUCAAUCUAGAGGCAGAUGAGAGCUGAGACCUUGAGCAUGACCUCAUAGACUAUCAGUCUCCAACAGGAAAUGGCAUUUCUACUCUGACAGCAAGUUCUCGCCCUGUUUAAACUAGUGUUCUUUGUUGCAUUUCACAUUUCGUUAUGUUUAGUGAAUUAAUUGAGCUGUUGCAUACAGGUGGUUUUGGGCUGCAUGAAGCAUCCAGCAAGAGAGAAUGAGAGGCACUGAUGUAAAAAAAUAAAAAUCUAAAUAUUCCU